GCGGCGGCAGCAUAAUUCAACGCGCCCAUCAUCAUGAUCGACGAUGUGGAUGACGACAGCUUGGAGAAGGAGCUGAAGGAGUCUGCGAUAUUCUCGCCGCAAGUAGAUGAGUUGCAUCUCCAGGCACACGACUUCUCGCACUUCGAUGGACCUGCGUUGUCGCUGUGGCAUCUGCGACAACUCUUGCUGGCGCCGCGAGGAUCGUCCCGCACGGCGGCGACGACGUCGACCAUGUCGCCUUCGACGCUUCACACGUUGGCCACGCAGUUCAUGCAUUCUAUGAGCGUCGAAGAAGAGGUGGAUAUGGUCCACGUGUCGUUCGUGCCGGAACCCGACUCGACGUCCACCGCGUUGCCAACGACGACUUCAGUUGGACCGUCCCCGUCCGACCUUGCCGACUUUCGACUGCACAUUGCGCCGCAGUCGAAUCUGUACCUGUCGUAUCGCAAGUACCGCGUCGCGGUGUGUCUCGACGCGAGCCCUUCUACGCUCUCCAUCGACCCCAUCUCCGGCACCCUAAUCCUGGACAUGGCGUUCCAGGCGAUAGACCUCUUGCUCCAGGGUCUCGUCGAGCCUCCGCCUUCUUCUACAUCAGCAUUUGUCUUCCCCGAGAUAUACUUGUCGGUCAUCGUACAAGGCGCGAUGGUGGAUUCGCUGUGCGUGCUGGUGCAAGGCGUGACGCUGCAUGCCGCCAACGUCCGCGAAGUCCUCGCGUUGGUGAAACACCGCCUCCAACUUCUCGAAGACGACUGGGCCAAGAAGUUGCCAUCUCCUUCCUUCUCUGACCCCACCUCCCUCGCCACAUCCCUCCAGAACUCCAUCUUCGCCCUCAAUUCCCUUCCCCACGACGCGUCGCCCAUGCUCUUCCUCGUCACCGACGGCGUCGUGGACCUUCCCAACAUGUACGCGUACGACGAUCUCAUGAUGCAACUCGCACGGCACAACAUCCAAUGCCACGCCAUCCAGAUCAGCGGGGGGUACCAGCCCCAAUGUGCGUUUGGGUACGUUCCCGACACCGACCUCCUCCGAUUCCUGGCCGACGCCACGGGGGGCUCCCUCUUUGACGUCCCCACGCUACAUCUCCUCGUCCAAUCCAGGUCACACCCGCUGUGCGCCAAUGGCCUGCAGCCGGUGCUGUUCUUCAACCCGUCGCUCGUGGUACCCCGCGCCCACUCUUGGGACAUGCCGCAGGUGGUCGACGCCGAGCCCCUGGCCGCGUUGAACGCGUUCCGCCCGCUUCGCCUCUUCCGGGAAAAGAUCCACGAGUACAAGAUGCGCGGGAGUGUGCUCAAGAUUGUGCAGGCGCGGCUACAAGAAGGCUUUUUCGUGUCCAAAGUGACAGUCGACUCGGCCGUGGUCGUGUCGUGCUUGUUGCAGUGGAAGUCGGACAUUUGGCUCGAAUACACGGUCACCGCCAACUUUAUGUCGAACGACAUGACGCUGCGGGUGGACGUGCUCGCGCCGGCCAAGUUCCUCGACGAGUUUGCUACGAAACAGCGAAAUGGUGGGGGACUUGUGUUUGACGGCGGGCCUCCAGGAUCGUCGUCCACUGCUGGAGCGAACGCAUCGACCCUUGGGUUUGCAGCUGCCCCCCCGCCGUCCACUGCCGUGUCCUCCAUGCUUGACCGAUCGAAUGCAUCCACCAACUCGGUCAUAAGCAGCCCCACAACCAAGGCGCUCCACACGUUUCUCAAGGACCUGCACGAGCGCGACCGCAUUUUGCUCCACUUGAUGUCUGCCAUUCAAAUGCAAGCGACGCUCGACACGGAAACAAAGCCGAUUUUGAACCUGUUUUCCCGGACCGCGACCGCCGUCACGUCGGCGCACCCAGUGUUUACCCUGCUUGGGGACUUGUCGCCGUUGUUGUGGCAUCGGUGGUUCCACGUCGAGCGCUUCGAGCUGAUCCACGUCGAGUGGACCGCACAACACAGCGCCGACACGGCGUUCGUAGCUGCCGACGCGCUGCACAAGUGGGCCACCAUGCAGCUCAGCCCCAACAAUUACCUCAAGUUUCUCGCCGACGACAUGCGGAGGUCGUUGUCGAAACCGUCCGUGUCGUCCCCGGCCCUCGCCGGACACACAUCAUCGGCCAAGUCGACCGUGAAUCGAAAACAGCGCGGGUCGCUGAUUUCACUCGCGGCGGCCGCGGCAACCACCGCCCCCGCCCAAAAGAAAGCCGUGUGCUUUGUCCGGUUAGAACGAUCGUCCACGUCGGCGAUCGUGGUCGUACACGUGGCAUUUUACGCGGCAAAGACGGCGAUUCGCAAGGCGGUGCUAGCCGACUUGAAGCGAUUGCUGCACUCAAGUGCAACUAACUCCCCUGGGGAACCGCGAAGUCCGGGCCUGGUCGUGAGCCACCGCCUGAUCCAACGCCUGCUGCUGGAGCCCCCCGCGUUGACGUGGCUCAUCGCACCAGAGCAGCCCGUGGCGGCCUUCACCCACCCGCCGAGUUGCUGCGGGGGGUCAGGCGUGUCGAUGCCCGUGUUUGCCGCGUCCAUGUGGCACGUCGUGUGGCUGUGGCACAUUCCCCCGCCGCAUCAAGUCGAAGCCAUGCGGCGGUUGCAACUGAACAGACAGCGCCAGGGAGGACUCGUGACUCUGCAAGCGACGCCGACGUUUGUGUUGCUGGCCCAAGAGGUGGUCGUGUGGAACAGCGGCCGGCCGACGGCGGCGCUGUAUCAGUGCGCAAUCUCGGUCGUGUCCGAUACCACCGUUAUGACGUCGUUCUGGAUGGAGCCUGUGACCGGCUACAUCGAUGCGACUUCGUCGUGUCUGACAGAAAACUCCAGACAUCAGCCGCCGGCAAUGUUUGGAACUCCCCCCCCGGCCUUGACCGCGUCGCCCUCGACGAAGCACGACACCGCCGCCACGAGGCUUUCGGAUACGCAAUGGUUUGAGCAAAUGCAGCAACAACUGUACCAAGCCGACUUGCAUGUCUUGUCGUGUCUGCUGACGUUCUACCGUAUCGUCCAGGCCGCCAAAGAUGGCAUCCGGGUCGUCCAGCCCCCCGACGACGUCGUGCUCCCCUGUCCACUCAAUGGGUUUCCGGUCCGGAACUCACCAUUUAGCGCCGCCCGCCUCAUGACUACCACCCCCCCCAGCACCGAGCGCUUCUUGCUGUACAUGGCGAACGACAACACCGCCAACCAGCAUUUGCACGCAAUGCUUGUCGACUCGUUUGUGCGUUUGGCCGAUUGCGAAGUGGCAUGGACAGAGUUCAAUCCACCGCCGCACACGGCAUGUGGCCCGCUGUGGAUCUCGCGGUCAAGUGCCACGUCAAAGUCAGAUACCCCCGCGGCGCCCCCUCCCCCCGGCCGCUGUUUUGCCAAAGUCGUCGGGGACAAUACGUUGCUGUUGGCGUUUGUUCCGACGUUGGACACCAUGGUCGCACACGCCAGUUCUUGUACGUUAUCGUCGUUGGAAGGGGGUGCAUCCCCAUCGGUCCGGCUCGACUCGGACGAAGAGACGGAGCGCCUGAAAUGGCUGGCAGGGCUGUCGUCGUCGACGGUCGUGGCUCCCCCGAUGGAGCACAUGACGAGGCAAGACUUGGUUUGGUUUGACCAACGCCGCCACUGGAUGGCCAACGACCCAAAACCGACGAGCGAAAACGAAGAUUCAAGUCCCCCCUUUGACGUGCUGCCGAUCCAGUUUUACGAGUGUUCGUUGCCGUUCAAGUCGCAGCCCGUCGUGACUGCUCAAAGCACCCCCGACUUGGACGCGUUUGUAGGUCAAGUUCGAGCUGCGCACAAACACAACUUUUCACACGGGGUGUACCACGCGCUGCGAAGUGGGGCGACCAUCGAGCCCUGUGACUUGCUCCAAGCGCUUUGGAGCUGCGUGCAUGUGCCGCUGGACGUGGACGUCACGCGUCUGCAUGCCAUGUUGCCGUUGGAAUCACCCUGCUCGUCCUCAGCCAGUGAAGACGACACGAGCAGCAGCGACGAAGAAGAAAUAGGACGAGGGCGACGAGGGGGCAACUUGGUUGUCCCGUCGGCGUCGCUAAAUGAGGCGUUGUCGGCGCUGAUUUCGGCGUCGUUGACGUCGAUCCCGCAUACCCAGUGGUAUUACUACACGGGGACCGCCGCCGCCGAUAACAACGACGACGACGACGACGAAGGCCAUCAAGACGCCCCGGAGGAGGAUGUCGCCGCUGCUGCGACGGACGGAAACGAGUCGUCUCAUCGAAACCACGCGACGUUCUUUGUGCGCUUUGAAUGCUGGCAGGACGAAGACGCGUCGUGGAUGUCCGAGGCGACCUCUGGCGGCCGCCCGCGAUCCAAAAGUGUGCGUGUGCUCAGUGCGUCCAACCACCUCACAGACGUCCUGAACAACAUGGCCCAGCCCUACCGCCUCGUCUCGGAUGACCACCCGACCACGUCGUUGAUUGAUCGUGUUCUGUUUUUGUCCAACCUGUUGAAGGACCCGCGUCAUCCGCGCGUGUAUCUCCGCCUCGUGGUCAUGACCCUUGCGCCGGAACAUGAUGCCGCCAACCAGCCACAGACAAAGGUGCCUAUCGUCCUCCGACGCCUUCGAAAUGCCAUCCAAGAGCUGUGCGCGCAACAUGUGCUUGCGAUCCUGCAGUGUCUGCCCCCGCGGUCGCUCGAGAGUCCGCCGCUGGGGGCGUUGGUCCGGCUCCUCUUUGACGAGCUGCCUGCCGCCAGUGUCCGCCAAGUCGAGUACCCGCUGGCGUUUCUGCCGCUGGAACUCCCCGACUGGCCGACGUUGCACUUGUUCCACGACCACUUGCUGUCCAACAACCCGUGGCUACGCCUCGUGCGAUGCGACCAAGUGUACUUUGUGUUCGAAGGGGAUGUCGAGCCCAUCUUGUACUGGGCGUACUUUACCGUCGUCGCGGGGGGGGAUUCCGUGUCACUUCAAUUACACAUCCCGACCUCUCGUGGAAUGUCGACUGGUCUGGACGAGCUCGGCCUGCUCACAAGACUGCACCUUGGCAUCGCCGCGACCGUCACCCAAGUGAAUCAAUUCCUGCUCUUGCAGCAAAUGCACGAAACGCGGUCGUGUAGUCCGCUGCUGCUGCCGUCGCCACACAACACAUCGUCGUCGUCAUCCAUCAUGCUAGCGUCGGCCCGAAGCAGCAGCCACAACAACCUAUUUGACAUGGCGACUGGUGCGCCUUCGUCCACGUCGGUAUCGUCGUCGCCCUUCUUUUGGCCGGGUCAGUUUGAAUGCCCCCUCAAGUUCCAGACCACAUUCGUGCUCAAGUCUCGGCUCGUGCCGCACUUGGCACUCAACAUGCUCUGUUCGUCCGCCCUCGAGCAGUUUCAAGUGCACAACCGACACCACCUGUUUGUCUAUCGCGACAAGCGAGGCCAUGUGUUUUACAUGACGUUGGUCGACAAAUCACAAGGAUCGUCGUCCGCCGCGAUUGAACUCCAAGUAUUUGGCAUCCGAGAACCUAGCGACGAAAUCACGGUCGAGCUGUGUCGUGUGCUCGAGCAAAAGCUGGACGAUACGCUUCUGCGCAUCCUCAUGAAGGCCAUGCCGACGAUGAAAGCGGCGCCGCGGACUGUCGCAGGCGCACCUGGCUCGUCGUCGUCGUUGUCAUCGUCAUCGCGACAGAACAAACUCACCACAUCCGACUUUGACUUUCUCGUGCCAGACAUUGCCGUUCCGACUUUCACAACCACCCAGGUGAUUCCUCCGGUCGACGGACUCUUGUUUUUGCACUUUGUCAAGGAAAAACUCGUCGAAACACCGUACAUCCGACUCGCGCCUCCAGUGGACCCAGCGGACGAGGCCAAGGGAGCGGAUCCGUUGUUGUCCGGAAUAGCGCCGUCGUCAGCGCCGUCAAGUGCUUCGAGUGGGACCGCCGCCCUUGGAGACGAAGAGCCGACGACGCUAUCGUUUGUGUUCAAUGUCAACCCCGAACUCAGUGGUCGAUCGGGAUUUGUGGCGAGCCUUGGCAAGGGCUUGGCGUGGGUGACGUUGGAAGUCGUGGAUGAUACCCCGAUUCAAAGUCCGUCCGUGGCUAGCCCACCUGUAUGGUCCAAAGUAUUGGCAACGUGGCCCCAGUGUCCGCAGUCCCAUCAGUCGGUUCGAUGGCGCGUAUACGUCCGAGGUCAAUUGUCGACCGACUUGAUGCAGGAAGUGCUCACGACAGCCGUGCACCAGGCGCUGUACGAAUACGCGAUCGAAUCCAUGUUGAGUCGACAGACGACGCCCCAGACGUCAUACCAUUACUCUGUCGAAACCGUGCGCGAACUGCGCAAGCUGAUGGACAAAGCCGGCCACUUGUCGGCCACGACCAUCACGCUCAUGCAACAGCGCGAUAUUGUUCCGUCAUACGACAUUGAACACGUUGUCAAGCAACUUGCAGUGCCUUUCGAGCGGUUGCCUGGAAACGUCCAACCGCACGUAUUCUUUCGCGCAGACAGCGAUGUGCCAUACGAGCCGUACGAUGGAGGAGACAGCAGCAGCGGCGUUGGGGAGGAGGCGGCGGCGUCAUACUCGUUUACCCACGCAUUUACGUUUGUGUGUCCGAUGGGGGCCGGCAGCGCGUUCACGUUUGACGAACCAGACAGGCUGAGCAAAUCGUUCUCGGCGUCGUCGCUGCAAUCCGUGGACACGCUGAACUCGCCCAUGAUGAUCUCACCACGGCAAUCGCAUCCCAAGGACGACACGAUGCUGCACUCGACCGUGUUGUCGCGCUCCCGCCAUCUGUUUUACCAGGUCGAGCUGACCCACAAGGGACUGGUGUUUGCCAGCUACAACUGCCACCCCCAUGUCCUCGACAUCCUCAGCACCGGGUUUGCCAAGGCGCUUGGGUGGUGCAGUCUCCGGCAGACGCUGCUUCGAAGCAUCCUGUUCCAAAAGCGGGGGUACGCGCUGGCGUCGCCCACCACCUGCUCGAUGCUCCAACCCAGCGCCAUGGUCGUACGCCCGCCGUCCGUGGUGGGCAAGGCGCCGGCGUGGACAGGGCGGGAUUUUACAAGCACGUUGAUCGCAUUCACGCCCCAAGUGUUUCACGUGUUGCUUGACCACAACAACCCCCCCGCCCUCGUGACGGCGACCAUGGUGCGGGCUGUCGACGGCAUGGGGCUCGUCGAGUAUCUCCGCGAAACGGGCACCCCCAUCGAAGACAUCCCUGCCAUGCGACCGCGAGGCACGAGCAGUACCGUCUCGGAAAAGCUCGACACCAACAACCCCGUGACCCCAAUUCCGGCCCCCGUCCCGCUGCCCCGCACGGGGGUCGCCAACCCGCCCCCUACCGCCACCGCGACGUCGGUACGCAAGGCCAACGUCCCACCCAACGCCACCAAUGCCCUCAUGGCGGCACGUGCCAGAGCUCGAGGCGUCGUGAAGGCCGCCCCCGUCGCCAGUACUGCCGCCGCGACUACGACGGACGACGCCGAAACGAAAUUACCCCCCGCUUGGACGUUGACAUUGAACAAGGACAUGUUGGCCCCUCGGUCGUCAUUGUCGAAAGCUGCGAAUCAUGUUCCUACGACGACAGCAAAGCAACCGUCAACCACGGCGUUAACUGCACCCCCCAAGGCCAGUCUCCCUCCCAUUCGAAGGCUCUCCACAUCCGAAAAAGCCACCUCCACUUGCAAUGAGCACUUGUGGCGGCACACGUUGCGCACGCUUCUGCCGUCGUCAUUCAGCCAUUACAAUCAAAACGAACGCAAUGAACUGCUCAAAGCGACGGACCCGCUGUCGUACCACGGAGCCAAGCUACGGUCGGCGCUGGACUUUCACGACCAGCAUCGCAUGCAGUACAAUCAAGUGUACGACCUGUUCAAGUCGCUCAUGGCGCAAGAGUGCCUGGCCGGUCGACCGAUUCCGUCCUACGCCGUGGACCAACUCGUCGGAUGUGGCCGGCUAAUGCUCCAUCGGCACUUUCUCGUGAGCUUCUCAGGCGUGUGGCCUUCGACUGCGUCUAACGUGGCACACCACGUGAGUGGCAUGCUCACGCUGCUGUCGUAUGAGAUCCAGUUCAUUUUCAACGACGUGUACGCGGCCGUGGGCCGUCUCCACGUCGACUUUCUCUGCCACGGUGGUACCGCCCCCAAAAGUACCCCCGCGACGACGAGUGCCAGUAGUAGUCCGGUGCAAACUUUGAUCCACCAAGUGGCCACGGAUCGCCCACACCUCCAAAUCGCCCACACCGCAGCGUUCCGACAGGUGCUUGUGAAACAUUUAGAAAAAGCAGGGUUCAGGGCGCUGCCUUCCCAGCCGCCACCGUGUCUAGUGUACGUCAAGAAAGUCACGGAAGGGUUGGUGCUGGUGGAGGUCCUGGACAAGGGAAACGGGAUGACUGUACGUGCGUACUUUGUAUCGGAGCGCGACGUGGUGAGUCUCGAUGCCGGCCGACACUUGCCCCAGUCCAGCUACGUUCAGCUGACCGGGGACCAAGUCGUGUACACGAUGGCAUACGUGCAGACGCUGCUGCAGCUCAAGCCAAUGGUGUACGACUUCGCAGUCGCCGACUUGCACGCGUACUUGCUCAAGACAUUGGCCAUGACCAAAGACCAGCUCAAGGCGCACUUGGUCGCCCCCCGUGACUUGCGCCACGUCACGAGUGGCAUGGAAAUGCUCAUGGCCAAACACCCGAGCCCCCCCACGGGCGCCAACCACUGCAUCACCGCGUUUGAAGUGGACGUCAACUUAGCCGAGGACGUGUCCUUGUUGGUGCGAUACAUUGCGUGCCACGCCAAGCGGUACUAUGUGAGUGAUUUGCUCGUGUUUGGCACCCCCAAUGCCAUCGCCGCGCGGUCUGUGACAGGGCACUUUCUCCGCAACGUCAACGGCAACGUCGAGUGUCCGUACUCACUGGUACUCACGAGCGUCGGCCCCAACACAGUUAAAGCGUUUGGGUUGCAUAUGCACCACAAUCCGUUUCAGACGACCGAGCUCAUGGGGGAAGUCGAGAUAUUUAUUUUGGAGUUGCUCGACACCGCCCAAGUCGACUACCGCCGCGACGUGCUGUGGUCGCAACUGCUCUGCUCGGGCAAGUCCCUCGCGGUACAAGCGCAAAUGCACCUGCCUCCGAAUUGGGUGGUCGAAGUUGGGCCAGAGCAAUUGGAGGAAUGCCUGGCGUUGUCAGUUCGAACGCCAUUUGUCUCCAUCGACCCUGUCCUUGGCGAGUUGCUCAAGCUGCCGGUCCCGUGGCACGAGUUUGCCUCGCUUCUGGAAGCCGUCCACAAAGAAACGAUGCGCGAGUACCAUUUCAAGGACACUCGGCAUGUCCUGCUCAUGUGCGUGGGGGCUCGAGACAUCAUGAUUCACAUCCAGCACGACUCGACUUCGCACGUCCAGAUGGAAAUAUGUCGACGGGACGCGCCCCCCAACGGCAUGCUGUCCCCAGAACAGCGCAAGACGCUGCGAGAUUUUGUCAAUCACAUCGUGUACUGGCUGUGGACGCAACUCAAUUCGUAAAGACCCAGUUUGUCCAAUAAUUAUAGUAUGAGUUCUCUCGUUGUACUGGUCAUCGUCGUGGAGAUGGUGUAACGUUAGUGGGGUUGGUAACAUCGCUAUCGCUCGUGCACCACCAACCGUUCCUUGGCCAGUUGUAAAAACAUCUUUUUGAAACCUGGACCGUAUAUCCGAGGCUUGAACUUUGCAGGGUGGACGCCUUCGGCCGUGGUCGACGUGGUUUCGUGGCUACUCUGACUGGUCGUGUCACUGCCAUGCUGCUGCUGCCUCCUUGCCCGCGGAGAUUGCGACGUUCUCGAGGCAGUCGACGACGAGGUGGCGGUGGACGCGGACGUUUGGGGUCGCGAGUUGGCAGGUGCUUUGCUGGCGGACGGAGGCCGAGCUGUAGGUGGCUUGGUGGCUUUGGC